AGCAAACCCAGAGAAGUACAGGAAAGGAAAAAAAAUAAUAAUAAAAAAAUCCUUUGAGCUCUGAGUUCCACUACUAUCCCACAUCUGUCAUGUAACAGAAGUUUUUUCAUCAGAGAAAGCAGCAUUUCAUCAAAAACAAAAGAGAUUGAUCAGAUUUCACAACUCAGUCAUGUUGGCAAAAAAGCUGGUGACUGCACAGAAGCGAGGGGAGACAAGAGCCCUGUGCCUGGGACUGGGAAUGGUUGCGUGCUCCAUGAUGAUGUACUUUUUUAUUGGGAUCACCAUUGUGCCGUUCUACACUAAAAGUGUCUGGACAACAGAAAGUGUGUGCAAGGUACUCAAAGCCAACAUCAAGGACCAAGUUCUCUGCCCAAACAGUGAAGGCUCAGAUGAUGAGGACAUCUUUCCUUAUCCCUGUCUACAGGUGUGGGUUAAUCUGACAGCCUCAGGACAAGAGGUUAUGCUCUAUCAGACUGAAGAUACGCUGGAAAGAAAUCCUAAGUGCUCGUAUGUCCCAGGCAAGUCAGAGAACUCUAAUGAAGUUCAAACACGAAUAGAAACAAUUGCAAGCAAUUUCAAAAAAUACCAGACUUUCCCAUGCUACUACGACCCAGGAGGAACACAGACCAACGUCAUUUUAAGCAGACUUUAUCCCCCGAAAGGCCUCCUCUUCGCUUUCCUUUGGCCUACACUCAUGUUUACUGGUGGAUGUCUGAUUAUUGUUCUGGUAAAAAUUAGUCAGUAUGUUUCUGUUCUUUCUGCUUGGCAGUAGAAAAUAAGUAUCUAGCACAGACUGUUGCAAGAUAUUAAAAUGCCUUUG